AUGACUGAAGAUAAGAAGUUCGAUAGUAAGAAGCCAACAAAGAAAGGUGAGGCCAUGCCUACAUUUGUUAAUGUCAAUAAGAAGAAAGAAAAUGGAACAGGAAAGAAAGUCCCUAAAAAUGGGAAAGAAACUUCCAGAAAUCCCUCUUUAAAAGAAAGAAAAGAAGUGAACUACACUUUCAAAGAUGAUGAUGGGGAAGAAAUUUUCAACUCAUUGCUAAAGGCUAAGGCAAUAGAAUUGUUGGAGCUUAAGCGACUGUCCAAGGUUAACAAGACCAAUGAUCCAAAAAAUUUUCGGUACCAUCUGAUUGGUAGUCAUUCUUAG